CCAACAAUUAGCACAGGGGAGCAGAGAUUUUUUUUUGACAUUGUGCCUGGACGUGUAAAUAUAUUUGUUAAUGUACCAAUGCAUAGGUGUGAGUAUAAGUGCGUUUGAGAUCCAAUGUGCAUGUAUAUCCACAUACAUGAUGCCAUUACUUACAUUACAACGGUAACUGCACAUCCAUGUAGCAUUGCUGUAAGGGUAUUCUGAGAUUAUGCUAGUGCUGCAAAAUGCACCUUUCUAUACAUGCUCACUGCAUUCACCAACACACACAUAUCAGCGUUAUGUUAAGUGUUAUGUUAUGUAUUUAUGUGUUAAGUGUAAUGUAUUUUGUUAGAUAUAGCUCUUAGGGCUAACGGAAUCAAGGGAUUAUGGGGAAAAAGCAGGAACGGGGUACUCAACCAUGAUCAUAUAGAAUGGCGGUGCUGGCUCGAAGGGCCGAAUGGCCUACUUCUGCAUCUAUUUUCUAUGUUUCUAUAUUUACAGGUAAAUACAUAACAUCUGAAGCACACACGACAACAGUUACAUAGAAUCGGGCAUCUGUAUGCAGACUGUAUAUAUAUUUAAUGGAAAGGUUGUGGCAGGGAGCGUUUGGAAAAGAGGGGGGGGGGCAGCCUGAACCCCCUGCGGCAACGAAACGGUUAAAGUGAUCUCAUCUCUGCAUGGCUCGACGUGGAGUGAGCCACAAUGUGUAGAGACUGCCCCCGAGGGCCGGUGCUGAGACUUGGGGCUGUAGGUUGAAGCCGUGGUUUGCAUGCAGGUGUCUCACGUGUGCUGACAGCGCACCCGGCCGAUGUGCUUUCCCUCACCACCUCCCGCUGGAUGUGAUGGAAGCUGCUGCUGCUGCUGUCGCCUUCCCCCUUCCCUUUGUUCGGCUGCACGGCGCUCCCCAGCCCGGAGAUUUCCCUCCGCUAACUCGCCCAGCGGCCGGCGAGCCACCCUCUGGCUCAGUGAGCAGGGCGUGCGAGGCGCAUUGGUGUUAAGCCGGCAAGCUCUAGCCCCCAGCUCCCAGGUGGGUCGGUUUUGGAAAUGCCUUGGGUUCCCCGCAGCAGCUCCGCCCCAGUCGCCGGGCAGCCUCUGGUCUGAGCACACACCCCUUUUCCCCCCCCCCUGUUGGAUUUUCUUCCCAACAUCUGUCUGCAGAGCAGAGGGGAAGAGGCACACUGCAGAAAAGCGACCCUCCCCGCCUCUGCGCCUCCUCGUCCAAAAAAAGUGGGAUAUGUGAUUUCUCCCUGCUCCCGUGGGACUGACCGUAAUCAUCAGCAUGAUCUCUAUGAAGGAAAGGCAGAAGAGGAAACUCUCCAAAGACAGCAUGACUUUGCUUCCCUGUUUCUACUUUGUCGAGCUUCCCAUUGUGGCUUCUUCGAUCGUUACUCUUUACUUCCUGGAGCUGACGGACCUGUUCAGACCAGCUAAAGUGGGCUUCCAGUGCUAUGACCGAGCACUCAGCAUGCCCUAUGUGGAACCCAGUGAGGAACUCAUCCCGCUGCUCAUGCUCCUCAGCCUGGCAUUUGCUGGGCCAGCAGCCUCUAUUAUGAUUGGUGAAGGGAUUGUCUACUGCUGCCAGUCAAAGCUGAAGAACAAGGAGCGUUCUGAAGGCAGCAUUAAUGCGGGGGGCUGCAACUUCAACUCCUUCCUGCGUCGCACAGUAAGGUUUGUUGGUGUUCAUGUAUUUGGGCUCUGUGCCACGGCCCUGGUUACUGACAUCAUUCAGCUGGCAACUGGAUACCACGCGCCCUUCUUCCUCACGGUGUGCAAGCCCAACUACACCCUGCAUGGCAUCUCCUGUGACCAUGACCCCUAUAUCACCAAGGACAUCUGCUCUGGCCCGGACCAACACGCCAUCGUGUCCGCAAGGAAGAGCUUCCCAUCCCAGCACGCCACAAUCUCUGCCUUUGCCGCUGUGUACAUCUCGAUGUACUUUAACUCUACAAUAUCUGACUGUACCAAGCUACUGAAGCCAGUUCUGGUGUUUGCCUUUGCGAUUGCUGCUGGAAUCUGUGGCCUGACCCAGAUCACCCAAUACAGAAGCCACUCACUGGACGUAUACGUGGGCUUCAUCAUUGGGGCCGGGAUCGCUGCAUAUCUGGGGUUCCAUGCGGUGGGUAAUUUCAAGGCAUCGGAGGACACUUCUCCCACCAGACCUUCCCCCAAGAGUGGGCUCAGGCCCCUGACGCACCUCCGCCACGACUCUGUCUACCAGCAGAGCAAAUCCCUCAGCACCGACGAACUGAACCCACAACCCAGGCUCGAUGGGUUGGAACAGCAGCUGGCGCAACGAGAGAAGAACUCCCUCAACAGCCUGAAGCGGGCGAGCGUUGACGUGGAACUGCUGGCACCGCGCAGCCCAAUGGGGAAGGAGAACAUGGUGACCUUCAGCAACACCCUGCCCCGAGUCAACACCCCGAACCUGGACGAGGCCGCCCGUCGCCAUAUGACCAUCCACGUCUCCAUGGACGCCUCUCGGUCCAAGCAGCUGAUUUCCCAGUGGAAGCAGAAGUCGAUUGACGGCAUGUCCUUGGACCACGACCCUUCCAUCAGUCAGUCGCAGCCUCAGAUGAGGACGGCUCUGGAGCUGCGAGGUGCGGGCUUUGACCAGGACGAGCCCGCCCCCUCCUCACUCUACCCCACGGUGCAGGCCAGGAACUCGGAGAGAGGCAGCGGAGCCCGGGUGCUGAUCCAGUCCAGGCCCGGACCCUCCCAGCUGGUCCACAUCCCAGAGGAGACCCAAGGAAACCCCAGCACCUCCCCCAAGAGUAACUCAGCCCGGGCCAAGUGGAUGCUGAUGGCGGAGAAGGGAGGAGCACCCCGCCCCAACAACCAGCCCCGCAUCAUGCAGGUCAUUGCAAUGUCCAAGCAACAAGGCAUGAUCACCGUCACGCCAAAACAUUCCGAUGGGUCUAGUAGCUCCGAUUCCUCGCACUACAAGUCCCCCUCCGAGCGCGACUCCUCCAGCAUCGUUACUGUGGACGCUCACGGAGCCCACCCGGUUGUCCACGUUUCAUCUGGGAACGGUGGGGGGCCCUGGGAAUGGAAGUCCCCUCAGGGCAGCAUGGAUGUCCACGAGGCUUACGAACUCAAUGACCUGAAUCGGGACUACAGAGAUUACCGAUCAGCCCAAAACAAUAGCAACUCUCCCAGUUCUUCUGCCAGCGACAUUGAACAGGAAGACGUGCGUUUUUGCAGUGUUGCCACCAUCAAUGUCGCUGGAGCAGAGAGGAGCGAAGCCAACUCGGACACGCUGACCAUUGGCUCCAGCCGGGACUCGACGCUUAGGAGAAAGCCCAACACCGUGUAUCUUGGGGAACGUGAAUGCAGCGCCGAUGGUGAUCAGGAUGCUUACUUGAAGAAGCUUCAAGCCAACCGGCGAUUCAAAGACUAGACCGGUCUCUUGGAUAGGAGUGAUAACUCGUGAUGCGUUUGGAGCAAUAACUUGCCACAGUACCAAACCGUUCAGAAUUGGUUAUCUGGGCUAUGCAUUUGUUCCCAAGUUGAACCUAACAGGAACUAUUGCCAUGGAGUUCCUGCUGUCAGACCUUUCCAGAUGAUGAUUCACAGCCCCCUUCAAAACUGGUUUCUUUACAGUUUGACUUCCCUUGCAAACAAAAUAAAACGUCCAAAAGCAAGGUCAACCUUUGGAGAUAUUGUUUAGAAAGAGUUGCAUUUAAUAGCACCUUUCAUGACCCAAGAACUGGCCCACAGCUCAUUAGUUAAGAGGCCUGGAUACUAUGGGUUGCUUUAACUCGCAUGAUACUUUGUUCUUAUCAAACUUCAGGCUUUUUGAAUCUGUCACCCAGCGUUUAAGAUGUGUUUUUUAAAUUAGCAAUGGUUGAGGAAACAAGAAAUGAAAUGUUGUGUAAUACGUAGAUCACCCAAUGGUGUAAUUUGUUUUAUUGUGACUUCCUGAUAUACUGGUCAACAUUCUGUGUCAACCGUGGGACUUUGCAGAAUACGUGUGGAGAGAAAGAUCUGGUGCGUCUGUGCCAAAAUACUGCCAACCUUUACAAAAUAUGUUUGGUGCGACCUUGCUAAUGGUCUAGUUACAUAAGGGAUACUUUGGUGCUAGAAUCUAUUGAUGACCACUAUUAUUGAUUGUAAAUUAGCAAGUAAAGUGACUCCCUUUCCUUGCUCCACAACACCUUAAUCUAGAACCCAGAACAAAAUCAAAAUCCUGUUGGUGCUGGAAGUGUCAAAUGAAUUUAAUACUGGUUGUUCCCUCGAAAUUUAAGCUGCUUCAGAAGAGAGAAACAUAAUUCACAUUCAAGUAAGCUUCAGUUCAAAUCCUGUUGAAAGGUCAUUAUUGUAACAAUUCACUACAGAUGUGGCACAACCCUGAGUAUUUGCAGCCACCUUCAGUUUAUGUAAGAAUGAUUGUGUUAUUCCUCACGAAUGAUCACUCUGAUAUGGUUUUUAAAAAAAAUGAAACGGAUAACACAGAUCCGCUGGGAACAAGUUAUUCGGCCUUAAUGUAGGACGGGUGUCGUCCAAUGUUGAAAUGCAAGCAAUGUAUUGGGAUGCAAUAUGUUAACUAUUGGAGUCUAUGUUAACACCCACACCAACCGGAUGUGGAAUGACAAUUGCUGCCGUCUGUAGUGUUUAGCUCUUUGGCAGGUUAAAUAUGAACUUUGCACCAUGUAAUUUAGCAAUUCCAAGUGGCAAAACUCAUUCCAAGGCCAGUACUGUGAUGUUCUCACGCGUUUGAUUUAGUCGAACCAAUCCUCAGCCACCUGCAAAUCUGCCUGGUCCACUGAAGGUGCAUCUUGCCAUCGCUCGGAUCCACCUUUGUGUCCAGCACCAUUGACACAAACAGAGAAACUGGAGGCGCCGUUCAGUCAAGUGACACCAUUGUGCUCUCUUUUUGCUGCUGGUUGGAUGGGGUGGAAUGCAUGGACUCGGUUAUGAGGAUGACAGAUAAAUGAGGAACCAGCUGUUUAUCUCUUCCAAUCUGCACAGAAUUAAGACGACGCCUCGAUUCUUUCAGAUUGGCCAUUCAUUGACGAAAUGGCUUCCUGUAAAAUUCCUGAUCAUCAGGACUAGAAACCUACCGAGAGCCAUCUUUAUGAAUGUCACUGGCUUAUUCCGAAAGCUACACAGAAUGUUUACUUGAUAUUUACUCUGAAAAUAUUAGCCUGCUUUAUGUUUAGUGAUGCUCACAUUGCACAGGAUGGCUGGUCGGUUUUAUGUUCAAGCAUUAGUCAGUAAAGCCAGCUCUCCUGAAGUGGAGAGUUGUCCCUUAGACCUCUGCUUGGACCUUAGGAAGGGUUGCGUGGCCUCAGUGCUAUUCAUUCUAGGGUACAUAGU